CAACACAAUUUUUCUCCCAAUUUUUCCUCUACCUCUCUUAGUUGAUUUUUUAAAUCCUUUUUGAGUUCUUCCAGCAAUUAUUUUUUGGGCUGAAGACCCAAUUCAUGUUUUCUUUGCAGCUUGAAUACAGCUGUUUUGACUUUGUGUUUUUAAUCUUUCCUGUCACCAUAGUAAUAUUCUAUGGUCAUGUUCUUUUUUUGUUGUUUGUUAAUUUUUGUUCUGCUCAUUUCUUGACUUUUCACUUCAUAUUAGAGUUGGUCUCUGCUUAAGGAUUAGAGAGGGAUGCUAUUUUGACACUAUAGGUUUUUUAUGCAGUUGCUUUCAGAGCUAGUCCUGAGCUUCUGUAAGUUUUCACUUCUUCCUUAGGUGGUAUAUCCAAGAAGAGCUGUUGUCAUGUUUGCUUCUUCCAGCGUUGCUCCUUGCCCUGGGAUUGUCACCUGGAAUUUUGUAUGGGCAGUGCAACAAAGAAUUCUGUACCCAAUGCCAGCAAAGGAUCUCCUAUAAUCUCCUUGGGACCAGCUGUCCAGUGAUUUUCCUGACUAUAGAGAGCUCUCACCACCAAUUUGGUUUCCUCUAAGGCAUACUCCUGGCUUGCUGGGGACAGCCUGCACUGGACUGCACUUCACUCUUCCUUCAGUAAGGGAGACCUUUCCUGCUGACCUUCUAAGUUGUCUUGGGCUAAAAGAUUUUUACUGUCUUUUUGUUGGUUUUGCCACUUCGGAAUUCAUUUUGAGACAUUAUUUUUAAAUUAUUUGGAAGGGAAUAUGUAGAGCUCACCUGAGACCCUUCCUUUACUCCUCUAUUUUGGCUCCUCAUAUGCUGCUAUUGUGCAACUACUUUUCUAGUAUGGGGGGUUCUCUUUCUGCCAUAAUGGAGAUAAAGGGCUCUUGCUGUACAUAGCACUUCUUAGCUUUACUAUUCAUGCAGAUAGACAAGGGAUAGUUCUGGGGUUGGAUAAUGUCACUUUUCUAGAACCCAAGUGGCUAAUAGGAAAUAUGCCUCUCCAAGGGAUUCUUUGUUGUUCCUUCAGAACUAGAAAGUUGAAAGUCUUAAGUUAAAUGAAGCUUUCAUCAAGCUUUUAGAGCUUUUUAAAAAGUUCUCUUCCUUUAGCAACCUGUGUUUAUUUUCUUAUAAUGUCUUUCAAAAUCCAGUUCUAAAAUAUAAUCUUACUUUUGUUCUAUUUAUGUAACCCAUAUAAACAACUUGUUAAAAAAAAAUACCAUUUAAGUACUGUAGCCAUUUGUCCUCUUUUCUUGUGUAGAUCAUGGUGAGUGGGGGGUAUAGAAUUUGGUGAGUUGUCAUGGUAACUGCACCACAAACCUACAGGGAAAAUGUUCUAUACAUUCCGAUUACUAUAGUAAAUCAAGUGGACUCCAAACACAUGAAAGAUCUGUGAGAAGAAGAACGUCCCUCAGGUCUGAACUCCUAAGACCCUAUAUCAUUGUAUAUUCAGGAAAUGCCCGUGUGAUUCUAAAGGAAGAUAUCUUCUAGUGGGGACAGGUCAGAUCUGAUGUUAGAACUAUUCUACAAUGCCUCCUAGGGUUUUACUCAGUUUUGUUAGUUUAAAAAGUGGAUCGUGGUAUACAUGUCAAAAGAUGGCAAGAUCACGGUCCAGAUCACCAAGGUGGAAACAGAGGUCUUUAUCACCAGAAUUUAGGAAUACUGAACACUAUAGGCAGAGGUAUCCGCAUGGCAAUCAUGACUAUGAAUACAAGGGGUUCAGGAAGGAUCCCAAAAGGACCAUGCCUUGGAGAAUGGACAGUGAGAAAUAUGAACAAAAUGAUUCAAGGAUCUCCUCCCAUGGAAAUGUACAUCAUAGAAUUUAUGAACACAGAUCACCUUCCCCAAGUGUAAGGAGGAAUUCUUUAGAAGAUACUUACAGUUAUAAGCCUCACCGGGGAUAUUCACCAGAAAGGGGAGAUAGUAGUCGAAAAUUUCAUUAUAUUUCCAAAUACUCAGAUACACCAUCCUACAAAGAGCAUGAAUGGCAUUAUUCUUCACAAAAAGUACAAGGAAGGUAUGUGCCUGAUGAUGCCAGGUUUACUGGAAUUGGAAAAGAAAUGAAGCAUUUUCAUAGAUCAGCAGACUCUUUUAAAUUUGAAGGAAAGUGGCAUGAAGAUGAGCUGAGGUACCAGAGGAUACUGGAAGACAAAUAUGCUCAGUCACCUCGUAGAGGCCCUGAAGAACUUGUGACAAGGAGCACUUUUCAGAAGAGGUAUCCUGAGGAUGGUGAUUUCAGAGAAUAUGGACAUACAUCAAAAAGAACUAAAGACAUGGAAAGAUAUGAAAACAGAGAGCCAUCCAGGAAUUCUAAAUGGAAAUCAGAACACUCCUUUCCGCCUUACCAAGAGAAGAAAGGACAGAGAAGUGUUGAAUCCCAAAUCCAUCGAUUUUCAGAAAGGGAAUACAUAGAGGAGAGUUCAUUAGCAAAGAUAACCUAUAGCUAUCGACACAAACAUUAUAAGCAUUCAGAUGGGGAACAAUCCUUUUCUAAUGGAAGAACGCAGAAAUAUUCCAAGGAAGAAGACAGAAAAUACAAUUCUCCAAAGGGUUCUCUAAAUCGAGAGUUAGGUUAUUUUAGUAAUAGUAGUGGAAGAAUGAGAGAGACCGAAGAAGGGAAUAUUGAUACUUUAAAAUAUCAUAAGAAGGCCUGUCCUUAUAAAAAUGAUACUGACUUGAGACUCUUAAAUAACAAAUUGAAGGAAAGAGUAAAGAAAGACAUUGAUUUGAAAAAAGAGCAUGGUUCUUCUAGUAGCCUGCAUGAUAUGAGUCAUAGACCUUCAGACAGGAAAUCUUCAAAUGUCAGCCUGAAGAAGAAAUUGCUUACAGUUAAAGUGGAUAUGAAGAAGACAAUAGAUAAAUACAGGAAAAAGGAAAACUUCCAUCCAGUGUUUGAACAUCUUGACUCCACAACACAGAAUGUUGAAAACAAACCAUCAGGAGAAUUUACUCAGGAAAUCAUCACAAUAAUCCACCAAGUUAAAGCAAAUUAUUUUCCAUCUUCUGAUCUUACUCUACAUGAACGUUUCUCAAAAAUGCAAGAUACACAAGUUCCUGAUAUAAAUGAAAUUAAAAUGAAUUCAGAUCCAGAAAUUCACAGAAGAAUUGAUAUGUCUUUAGCAGAACUACAGAAUGAUCGAACUGUCAAGUGUGAACCAGGACAGGCCUUGCUCAGAGUAAUAGAAGAUCCCAAUGAUCUUCGACAUGACAUUGAGAGAAGGAGAAAAGAACGAUUACAGAAUGAAGAUGAACGGUUUUUUCACAUAGGCAGAGCUAUAGGAAGGAAUGAUCAGAGCUCCAAUUUUUCAAAAUUUCAGAAUAUUCAUACAGGUGGAUUUCAGAAACCUAUAAGAUUUAUUAAACCAUACUUCAGGAAAUUUAUUAGAAAACCUUAUAAGAAUGCAUAUUAUACCUCAAAAACAAAAGACAUCAUUAAUGACAGACCAUUUGGAAUUAGAGACAAUCUUCAAAACCCAGGAAACUUUAGAAGACCAUUUAAGAGCAAUUUGAUAGAUGGCAGAUUCCAGCCCCAUUAUAAAUCUGGCCUAGUACUGAAGGGUUUGUAUGUUCAAGCUAAGUACCAGCGCUUACGUUUUACUGGUUCAAGGGGAUUUACCACUAAUAAAUUCAGAGAAGAAUUUCUAAAGAAAGAAAAGGAGUAUAUGGACAUCGCUGCUGAAAUCUAACCUGCAAUUUUAACAGCUGGAAAUGAACAUUAUACAAGAGGAUUUCUGCUUGGUGAUGUCUCUUUGUCAGGAGUUAAUAGAGAAUUGGAACUAAUACUGUAACUUUCUUGAUAAAUAACUUUAUUUUUCAGUAGUAGAAUGCUGCAACUUUUUUACAAUUAACAAUUGCUUUUAAAUUACAGCAUUCAAUUUGAAAGUUGUAACUGCAGUUCUCUUGAAAAAGCCUCAAGAAUCACUCGAAGGGAAUUUAUUUAUUGAUAACAUUUUCUCUGAGCAUGAGUUUAUGAAUAGAACUUAUUGAGUUGUUAUAUCUAAAAGUUUAUAUGUUGAAAGUUUAUUGAUUAUGUAAUUAAAAAAAGAAAAAACUAAGAAAACCUUGAAGUGUUUCUGAAUUGUAUUGGGGGUUUAUACCUGACAAGUCUUGAGCAGGAAUCUAAAAGCAUUGAAAUUUGUUUUCCUUUCCUUGUGGUGGUUUACCAUAUCACUUCAAAUUUUCUUAAGGGUCUUGAGAAUUUUGAUUUUUAUAGUUUAAAUUCUACAUUGUAAAUGCUAUAGAAAAACUGGAAAACCAUUUCAAACCUUAGUCAUGGUAGUUGUAUCUAAAAACAUUUACAUUUGCAUAAUAGGUGAAUUUGUCCUUUUCAGAUUUCAGAAUUUCACUGGCAAAAAGAUUUGUAAAAUUUAUAUUAGAUAUGUUUUUUCAGAGGUACAUUUGCUAUAAAAUUGGGCACAUAUUAGGUAUAUUUUUAAUGCACAGCAUUUAUACAUUAUAUUUUAAAAGCAGCUUUAUUUUUAAUUGAUGUAAUGGUGAAUGAAAAAUCAAAAAAAAAAAAACCUAAUGUUCUGCCCGUUAGGAUGUUAACUGAGUUUGAAACAAAGUUUAAGUCUCAAUACCAUUUUUUCAUUUUUGUUUGUUUUGCUUCAUUUUUAACUGGAUCCAUGAUUUCAUAAGUGGGUAAGGAACUUUUUAGUGAUGAAUUCCUUCUGUAAAUAUAUAGUAGCAGCUUCUCUUCCAUUUGUAAUUUUAGAAACUUGCCUAGAGUGCUAACUGAUUAUUUGCCCAAGGUGACCCAAUCAAUUUAUGUCAGAGACAAAAUAUGAACCUCUAUAGGUCAAGCUCUAUUCAUUAUACUACAUUUCCAUUACUAUGAUUUAUUCUACAGAGUUAAGAUUUCUAUAUAAAUAUUAAAAGUCAUAUUACUGUUUCUUCAUUGAAAGUAUAGGAACAUAUUUGCAUUUGCUUUUAAACCAAAGGUAGCAUGUUUAAAGAAAAAAAAGACAUGUACUGUGUUUCAGAAAUAGAAUACAAGGAACAUAUAUAAGUAAAUGUUUAGUGCUCCUAUUUUCCCCCCUGGUGGGUAUGGGAAAAAUACCUCAAUUUUUCCUUCAAAUAUUAUAUGCAUAUAAUAUUGUGACUGAGUUAUGUGACAAUAUUUCACUUUUAACAUACUUUGAAAAGUACAAAAAAGUACAACUGACUUGUUUAAUUGGGUCAUUCAUUGCUUUAUGAAAGUUCUUAUGUUAGAUUCUUAAUUAGAUAAUAUAGGAUCCACCAGCCGUUCCUAUAUAAUUUAUCUGUGGGUGGUGACCUGAGAGGGAAAAUGGAGGCGAGAGGAAUAUGGAUGAGAGAUAGAUAAGGCAAUCAGAGGAAGAGACGAAGGAAUAAAGACUCAGAGACCACAAGUUAAAACACCUGGGGAGUUGUGAGCUCCGUAAUUACCUCUCUAAAAAGAGAAAGCAAGUGGAGAAAUUAUAAGUAAGAGAAACAAGAGCACAUACGUGGAGCUGAGAACUCUGGGACAUCCCCUGUGGACCAGGUGGACAAGAGAUUAAUGGGAGAUGUGCGGGGCAGCUGUGCUGCGUAAGUCAGUCAGACAUGAGGAGGCCAUUAUAGGUGAUGGCAAGAUUUAAGAGAUGCAAGGAGCAAGGGCUGUGAGAACAAGAGGUGAAAGAGAAGAGAAGACUCGCACAAGUUCCCCAGCCUUUAUUGGGGACCUUCGGAAUGUCAAGUAGGAGGUGAUUAAUGAAUAUGUGACCUGAUAUAGGUUUUGACAUUGGUUGAAUUGACAAUGACAGAAUCAAAUAGGAGGAGAUUAAUUGAACUCGCGCUUUGUAAUUGAAUGUAGUCCGAGCCAGGGCACUGUGGCUGUCAACGCCCAGCCCAGGAAUUUACUAGUCCCUUGGAUUGUCCCUUUCCAUACAGUGAACAUUAAGUGAUCUGACUAUGUGUUUGGUAAAAUGAAUAUACAGGAUACAAUAUCAAUACAUCAAUCAUACUUCCAAGAUGCUAACAUGCCUGGUAUGCUACAGAUAAUAUCAAAAUGUUGUUCUUUCUUAACACUUUAAUAUAUAUAAUACCCCCUAUUUAGUAAGAAGGAAAUAAGCUUUUAUUAAGCACCUACUAUGUAGCAGGAACUGUACUAAACACUUAACAAGUGUCUCAUUUAAUCCUUAUAACCAGUAUAAUUAUCAUUUCCAUUUUACUUUUUUGGAAACUGAGUCAGAUAGGUUAAGUAAUUUGCUUAGGGUCACAUACGUAGUAGGUGUCUGAAUUUGUAUUUGAACUUAGUUCUUCCUGACUUCAGAUACCACCUGUCUGCUCUACAUGUUGGUUUGAAUUAACUGUUGAGGAUAUUCCCAGGCAACUAAUUAGACAAUAUCAAGACUUUAAAGGAUUUCUCAUAAUUGGAUUUUCACCUCUCCUUAUGAAAUUUACCUUUUACAUUUGUCAAGAAGAGUCUCAGAUACUUGCAAAUACUUAAGAGAUUGUUAAUAACCUUGCAUAUUUAAUAUGGAAAUGCAUGGUAUUUGCUCAGGGUUGUUUUGUGUGUUCUUUUGUUUUUUUGUUUUGCCAAUUUAAGCAAACUAUUCUUUUUGUUGUUGUUCUAGUUAUAUAAUUUAAAAAUAGAUUUAAAAGUUUCUAAACAAAAAUAUUUAAUUACCCAGAUGUGUUUAAUUGAAUAAAAGUUCACCAUUUCAAAAUGUAAUAUACAUUAUUUUAAAAUGCAGAUGAAUAGCUAGGAUUUAUCUUCAGAGAAUUACAAUAGUAUUCUAUAAUCUAAAACAUUUGAUUUUCUUGAAAGAAAAAUCUCUGGGCUUGAAAACUCUUUGUAACUUGGACCUGACCUGCCUUUCCAGUUUUAUACUUUGCUUUGUGUACUCUAUUCUGGCUUUAACUUGCCCCUCAAGCAUGACACUACUAUUUCCAUCUCCAUGCUUUUGCUUUAGUGACCCCCAUAUUGGAAUACUCUGCCACUCCCACCUCAAAAUUUCUUUGUUUCCUUUAAGAUUUGCCUCAGAUUCACCUUCUUCAGGUUUUUUCCUUUGUAUUCCCAAACUGCUAGUGCUUCCUUCUAAAAUGGUCUUCCACAGGGGCAUCUAGGUGGCUCAGUGGUAUUGAGAACCAGGCCUAGAGAUGGGAGGUCUUGAGUUCAAAUCUAGCAUCUGACUUGUCAGCUGUGUGACCCUGGGCAAGUCACUUAACCCCCAUUGCCUAGCCUUUACCACUUUUCUGUCUUCAGUACAUAGUAUUGAUUCCAAGAUGGAAGGUAUGGGCUUAAAAAAUUUUUUUAGGUACAUAAAUAAAAUUAUUUUCCAUCUACUCUGUAUAUAACUCAUAUAUAACAGGUUUGUGUGUGGUUGUGGCAUUAGAUGAGCUUCUUGAGGUCACAAACUAUUUUACCCCCUUUGUUUUCCUAUUGCUUAUUGCAGUGCCUGACAGCAUGCUAAACCUUUAAAUGUUUGCUUACUGAUUUAGGUCAAAUGUUUGUAUGGAAAUUCAGUAAAAGAUUAAUGUUGAGAAUAUUAAGAAAACAGGGAAUACAUUCUACAAAAUAUGAAACUUCAUAACAACAGUUUCCCUGGGGGGAAAAGAGAAGGAAGGAAAGGCACCCUAUGUGAAUGAAGUAGCAUCAGAUUCCUUCCUUGAGCAUCUUUUACAAAUAAACUUAGUGGGUUCCUGAGCCCCAGAAGUAGAUUUUUAUCUUUUUUAAACAAUUGGGAAUACUUCCUUAUCUAUUUUGCUAAUUAGCAUUAGCAGAUACUGAGUGCUUAUUUAUAUGCAAGGCUAAAAGGGUUGAAUAAUGCUUUUAUUUUUUUCACUGUUCUUUAUAUCCCUAGAGAAGCAGUAUGAAGAGAUUGGUUUUGAGUUUUAUAGACCUGAGUUCAAAUCUUACUUCUGAUAAUAGCAGUGUAAGCAUGUCAUCCUCUGAGCCUUGGUUUCUGCUACAGAUGGAGAUAGUGUUUUAAGUCUGCCAUCUGGGAUUGUGGUACUUUGUGAUCUUUAUAGAGCUAUAGAAAUGCUAGCUGCUGUUACCCUAGCCAAUUCUGCACAUAGUCUUUCAAUAGGUAUUUUAAGUGCCUAUUAUGUACCAGACAUUAGGGAUAAAAAAGACAAAAAUGAAACAGUGCCUACUCUUAAGGAGUUUGCAUUCAACUGAGUUAAAUAAUGUGUAUAUUUUUAAAAUUUGCUAGAAAAUAUAUGAAGAGUAAUCUGAGGAGAGGGUACUAAUAAAGAAAAGGGACAUAUCAGGAUAGAGUUCUGUUGAAAGUGAUCCUUGAGCUUUGAAGAAAGUUGAGGAUUCUACAAGGAAAGAGGUGAAAGAUGGUACUAGUUGGGAGAUGGCCUCUGAAGAGAGGGAAUUGAAUGACAUAAAUGGGGACUCUCAAGCAGGUCGCUUUAAGUAUGAAUGUUUGAAAGAUAAGUAAUAGGCAGUAAAUCUGGAACAGAGAGACAAGAACCAGCUUGUGAAGUGUUUAAAAUCCAAGCAGAGAAUGCAAGAGAUGAGAUCCAGGCUUCCCUGAACUAGGGUGAAUUUGAGAAUGGUGGAGUGAGACCUAUACUUUAUUUUUCCUGUGGUUUCUCUUUUUACUUUAUAAAUUAUUAGUUCUACUGAAAUACAUCUCUUCAGUACGACAGUCUCAGUGAGCUGAAGUCAGUCUAUGAAUGAAGAGCUAAGGGUGUACCAGACCAUGUUUAGCACCAAGAGAAAGGCAGAAACAGUUCUUGCCCUCAAAGAUUGCAUGUGCAAUUAAGGGGAAAACAUGCGAACAGCUGUUACGAGACAGGGAGAAGAGGGAAGGCACUAGUGCCCGGAAAGGCUGGGAAAAGCCUGUAGGAAAUGGGAUUUGAAUGGAGCUUUGAAGAAUGCUAGAGAAACCCAAGUGGAGGUGGAGGUAGUGGUGGUGGUGGCACAGGGGACAACCAGAGUUGGAAUAUCAUUUGCAGGGAAGAGCUACAGGGUAAAUAUUGCUGAUAGUACAGUAUGUGGAGAUGAAUAAAACAAGACAGCAAAGAUGGGAAAGGGCCAAGUUGUAGAACUCUUAGAUGCAAGCUUCGGGAUUUUGUAUUUGGUUCUAGAGGGCAUAAGGCAUGCAGUUUGUGACAUGAUGAAAUUUGUACUUUAGGAAAAACAUUUGAGCAGUUGAGUCAUGAAUUAGAAUUUUGUAUAAGACCCUUUUUAACUGAGUGUGAUCCUGUGAAGUUUUCCUGCUGCAAGGUUUUUGGAGCUAGCCUUCCCACAGGGAAGGGAGGUCUUUGGAGGUGUGGUGGCAUUGGCUGAUAAAAAAUGGAUGGGAAACAAUGUUUCAACCUGGCAUCAGGCUUCACAGAAAACUGCUCUGCUUGGCUCAGGCUUGACUUUAUUUUAUACCCUCAUGGUUACUUAUCUCCUUGGCACACAGUUUCAUUUUUCAACAUACAUUUUUCCUUACAGAUAAUUGGAUAGGUCAUACAUUAACUUUUAACAAAUCGUUUGAUCAGCAUUCUUUAAUUAUCCUUCAUAGUAUGUUUCUAUAGAUUAUAACAACAAAAAACAAAGCUUUACAAAAGAUGGAUUUUUUUUAUCAGAAGCAGAAAAGCUAGAGGUCAGUUCUCAUUAAGCUAUGAGGUGCCCAGACGUGGAUAAGCCAAGAGUGAUACAUGAUCAAUCAGAUUUUCUAAGGAGAUAAUCAACAAAACACUGUUGCCAAGUUUGGGGUUUAAAGGGUAGAAAAUACAUAAUCCAGUUUUUAGGUAUUUACUCCAAUAUCAGGCUUUCAUUUUCUAAUGUUUCACUAAGGUUUCCAAGACAGAUUGCCUAGGCUUUAGUUAGCAAAACAAAUCAGUGAAGUAGAACAUACCAGUUUCUCCCUGAAAGGCAAUUAAUAUACCUGUCAUCCCUGGCCUGUACAUGGGGGUGGGGGAAUUCAAGCAGUUUUAUUAGAAGUUUUUAUAUUUGAGAAAGAGGUCCCAUUUAAGUGGUGUGAUUGAGGGAAAUGGGCACAGACAGAAGAAA